GCAAUAUUAACGUCACUCCUUUUUAAGAAUGCUCCUCUCUCCUGAGCCGCAUUUAUUUUUCCUCAGGAGGGCUUGUCGCUAACCUGCCCGGCUCCCAUACCUGCAAUGGAAGUACUGCAUCGCCGCCACCACCAUCGUCACUGUUGUGGCACUCUGCAAACUCUCAUAGCCUUCACAUUUCUCUUCUUUGCCUCCGCCACAGCCAUCUCUGUUUCCCAACACGGUAGUCAAGCAGUACUGAGGCAGCACGCCGUGAAGGGCGAGAAACGACUAGCAGGAUCGGGAUCAGCGAUAUUUGAGCGGUUUGUCCCGAGUCGUAGGGCUCUGGGCUUUGGUUCAUCACCGCCUACGUGCCGAUCCAAGUGCGGGAGGUGUUCGCCGUGCUCGCCCAUGCGAGUGCCCAUUCACCCUACUCUGAGCACUCCGCUGGAGUACUACCCUGAAGCUUGGCGAUGCCAGUGCGGGAAUAAGCUCUUUAUGCCUUAAAACUAACAAAAAAAACAGAGCAGAGAGCAAGAAGCACAUGCACUGCGAGCAGAGAAACAAGUAAAUAUCAUGAGUUUUAGUAAAUAAUUUUAACGGUCAUGGUCGUGGGCUACCAGCAUUCAUUGCUUGUUCUCUUUCAGGUUUAUCUUUUAGUGUUGUCGUUUUUAUUACCGUGUCGUUCUUUUCUGCGAGGGCCAAGGGGGAGGGAUCGUUGGGAACUAGCGUAAGAAUUUAGGUUUCCUGUAAUUAUAUUACGGAGAUCGAGGAACCUGAUCUCUG